AUGAGUCACUCACAAUUUAUGUUUGUCAAUUCGCGUAGGAUUGGAAUGAGAAGUAGGCGAUCCCCCUAUUAUCAUUCUUCCAGAAGACGACAACACGAUCAUCCCUUCGUUUUGGGAUUACAAGCCACAAUUUCUCCACACAGUAACUCUCACAAUGGCGGAAUUACAAUUAUUAACGUCAGUAGUCGCGAUUUAGUGGAAAGGGCCUUAAUGCAGCAACAUGUACAAGACUAUUUCAAUGGCGGAUUAUCACCAAAUUCUUCAGAUGAUUCUCAACCAGCAAGUGAACUGUUUGAUGAUCAACGGGCUUACACAGAGGAGAAAGAGGAUGAUGCUAUAUUAUUGGGGUAUUUUAAAACAAGAAUUCAUUGUGUUGCUGAUGGUGUAAAUAAUCCCACAGAAACUAAAGAGAUUUGUGCCAUAUGUCAAGCAGAAUUUGAGCAUGAAGAGUCCAUUGGGACACUUGGGUGUGGUCACGAAUAUCAUACGGGCUGCAUCAAACAAUGGCUGUUGAGGAAAAAAGAUUGUCCCAUGUGUCGAGCUUCUGUUUUGCCCUGA